AUGAAACGACUUUUGGUUGUGCUCUGCCUGAUCUUUUUGCUGCCGUUUUUGCUGGCCGAAAAUCCACCAGUCAAUUUUCCGGCUGUGAAUCGAGGAAAAGCGCCUAGAACGGUGCCACAAAAUCCUGCAAGAGUGGGUUCACGCACCCUGGAUAGUCUUAACGGUCUGGGAUAAGUUAAGGAACUUACAGAUUUACAUUAAAAGUAUUAUGCAAACUGCUUAACUAAACUAAACUCCCGAAUUAUUGUAAUUAAGUAAACAACAUGGUUUUAUUUUAAUUGAUUUCAUAAAAUGGA